UGAGUGGGCUGAUUCCCCUGACAGCGUACUCUAUGAAAACAAAGGAAACGCUGCCACAUUUAAGAGAUGAGAUGCUGUAGACAAGCAUUGUUUGGUGGCUGCAGUCGGUAAUCUGGAGCAUGGACUGUCGGGGAGUUCUGGCUGCGAUCACCGCCGCUUGUUUCAUAGGCUUAGUGGUGAGCCAGACCACUCUUACUCCUGCUGUGACAGAUACCACUCUGAUCGAAAAUGUGACCAGUCUGACUCCGACACCCGUGAUUUUCAGCAGCACCACCUCAGGCUGCUUCACUUUUAACCUUUCUACUUGUGAGCCAUGUGCACCGGGGUCACAGUACGACAACAACACCCUUCUGUGCACGUGCUGUCCUGACUCAGGGCGGUGUGUAUUUCCUGGCGCGUGCCUGCCAUGCACCAGAGGAUUUUAUCAGCCACUAGCAGGACAGCAGCAGUGUCUACCUUGCAGCCGGGGCUUCUACACCAAUUUCACUGGAAGUCCAUUAUGUCGCCCUUGCCCUCCUGGGGACUUCAACAAUAACACUGGUGAAGACUCUUGCACAAGUUGCUCACCAGGUUUCUUUUCAUCGCAGAGUAAUUCUACUUCAUGUAAACCGUGUGCACAAGGACGUUUUUGCAACUCAUCGGGUUGUACUCAGUGCCAGAUGUGUCCUGGAGGCACAGAAGCUCUGCAGACUGCCGCUAAGGACUGCUCCCCAUGUCGGCCAGGUAUGUACAAGGCCGCCCGUCAGAAUAUGUGUCAAAUCUGCAGCAGUGGUUAUUUUCAGAUCCACUGGGGCCAGGAAAGCUGUGAUAUCUGCCCAGAGAAUCACUACUGCCCUAGUCCUGACGUGAACCCCAUUCAGUGUCCGAGUGAUGCCUUUUGUCCAGAGGCGGAGAAUUAA